AUGGAAGCGUUGGACGAGGAACAGGUACUAGCCCUGAUCGCGCAGAUCAAGGACUGGCAGGUCAACCACGGGUCGCUGCUCAAGCUGAUCCGCCGAGAAUCGGUACACAGCUCUGUCGCGCAUCCAGUCGGCGUCGCCAUAAUUCCCUCGGCCUUCCCCCGGUCACACUUCCAGCACGCCAUAGACCUGCAACAGACUUACAACGAACUGUACUGCGCAGUCGCAGAGGAUGCGCAGUGGAUCGGAGACACCAUCAGGGACCUUAUUCCCGUUGAGCCCCUGGCCGCCGCACUUUGGGGCAUUUAUGAGGCAGCCGCAGCCGCUGGCCCAGUCCAACAUAUCUCGGCGGGCAUCUUUCGCUCAGACUAUAUGCUGCAUCGAGGCCAGGGGUCGGCCUCAAUCCUGAAACAGGUCGAAUUCAAUGCAUUCUCGUGUUCUGGGGGUGCUCAUGCAAACAAAGUCGCGGACAUGCAUCGCUACUUGACGCGGACUGGAGCGUAUCACGCAAGAGAGGACGACACGGAUUCCAUCGACCUGGCCUCCCUGCCCCAGAACAAGAACAUUCAAUCGCUCGCUGCUUGUUUGGCCACGGCUCAUGCCGCCUACGGAUCGCGCAAAUGUCCGCAAGCGACGCAUACCGCAGUUCUGUUCGUGGUGCAGCCUUACAACUUCAACAUCGCGGAUGAACGGCCGAUCGAGUACGCGCUGUGGGAGCAAGAGACGCCAGUCCCGGCUUACCGUCUGGAGUUCGGCCCAGAGGUCCUGGAACACACGUGGCUGACCGCGUCGCGUGAAUUGCUCUUUCAUCCACCGUGGUUGGGGUUGAAGGCGCCAGUGGAGAUAUCCGUGGUAUACAUGCGCGCGGGCUAUGAAGCCCGCGAAUACAAUGCGAUCGGGUGGGAAGCCCGUCUGCAGCUGGAGAAAUCAGCCGCCAUCAAGUGCCCUUCCCUUCUCUCCCAUCUGUCCACCUUCAAAAAAGUCCAGCAAGCGUUGACCAUACCCGGUACGCUGGAGCAUUUUUUGCCGGACGACAAGGCCGCAGCGAUCCGGGAAACAUUUGUAUCCAUAUUCCCGCUCGAUGAUUCUGAAGCAGGCACUCAUGCUCAACAACUGGCAACGGAUCCGGAACGGUCAGAAGGCUAUAUUCUGAAGCCGUCCUUGGAAGGUGGUGGGCAUAACGUUUUUGGCCGCGCAAUACCUGGGUUUUUAGCCUCCAUCCCUCGGUCGACGUGGUCCUCAUAUGUGUUGAUGGAGCGCAUCGACUCACCACAUGGGAUGAAUAUUCUGAUGGGUCCGGCGGGGGUUGAAGGCGGAGAAGUGAUCUCUGAACUUGGUGUGCUAGGAUCAUGUUUGUGGCAGGCACCGGACGCGCUCGGUAACCAGUAUAAGCUCCUUAGAAAUUCUGUUGCAGGCUGGACAUUCAAAACCAAGCACGCGGAUAUCGACGAGAUGAGUGUUGUGAAAGGGUUUGGAUGCUUUGAUACACCACAUUUGGUUGGCGAUACUAACGUUCAAUAA